AUGGAGCCAAAACCAUUCAGCCAAUCAAGUAGAGACAUUGAGCUAUUGGAAUGGGACGAAAUUGUGUUGGACCAAUCAAAUGGACGAAUCAAAUGGAGAUACACAGCAGCUUCUAAGACGGGCCAAUCAUGUAGCAACAUCCAGCUACUGAAUGAAGACGAAGCAAGCCUAAACCAAUUGGGCAAGACACCAGCUGCUAUGGAGGAGAGAGGGCGUGGAUAA